CGGGCCGUUGCCGUCGACGGCCACUGGCGUCACGUCUGGUUCCCCUAUCUAUCUUUAACCUUGUUCUUGUUAGGCAGUUAAUCUUCUUUGGUCAGAGGGGCUCCAAAUACGCAAAGGAUUGUGCUAGCAUUCUGUACCUAUUUGCAGUAUCUUGGUUGGUAGAAGGAUCAGAAGACAUGGCUAGCAGCUCACAACUCAACAAUGAGAAUGCAAAAUGGACAAAGUCUGAGGUUGAUUUAUAUGUUAUGUUAAUGAUAGAUGAGGUGAAGAAGGGCAACCGGACACGCAGUACAUUCAAAAAGGCUGGGUGGAAUAACAUUAUGAGUAAGUUUGAGGCAAAAACUGGUCAUAGAUAUAACAUGGUUCAAUUCCGGAACAAGAUAAACAAAUUGAAGCAAGAUUACAUCAAUUUUGAGAAAUUGUUGGAUACAUGUGGGUUCACUUGGAAUCCUUUGACCAGGACUGUCACUGCUGAUGAUGAUGCUGUUUGGGAUAAGCAUAUCAAGGCUAACCCGAACUGGGCAAAAUUCAGAAGGUUUGGCCUUCCUCAGUGGCCAGAACUCCAAGUGAUAUUUGGCGACACAAAUGGAUGUGGGGAUAAUGCACUUGUACAGGUUGAGGAUGUUCCUAACACAGAUGAGGAGGAUGAUCAUGAUGUUGAUCAUGAUAGUGGUUUUACAACGCCUUUUGAUGGUGGGUUGGAUGAUGUUGAUGGAGGAGAUCCAGAAGAGAACCCUCAAUCUAAAUCCUACACGCAUGAUAAUACCCCGACUGGCAAGAGGAGUAGGAGUGGGAGCACAGACUUCUCAAUGGCCUGUAAGACUAUUUCUGACAUGUACAGAGCCAGGAUUGAGAGGAUCAAUAGUACCUCCUUUACAUGUUCCCCUCAACCUGUGAAUGAUCACCCCUACUCCAUCGGUAAAUGUAUGGACGUGCUGAGCAAUCUCACUGAGAUUGGGGAUGAUAUGUAUAUAAAGGUAGCAAAGCGGAUUAUGGAUGACCCCAACUGGAGAGAGGCCUUCAUGCAUUGUCCUCCAGAAAGAAAGAAAGUGCUUCUGAGAAUGCUUGACUGAUGAUGUGUAUUGUGUUGGUUUCUUUAUAAAAUUGAAUUCAUAUGUUUUCUCCCAUCUCAAAGCACAUUUUGUUGAUGAUUGUAAUGUUGGAGUUUUGUGUAAACCCAUGUGGAUGAUUAUCUUAUUUAGUAUUUUGAUUUAUGAUUA